AUGAUAUCUUAUAAAUUAUGCCAGGUCCUUAAAAUGUCUUCACAUGAUGGUAGUACUCCAAGUAGUGAUCCUUCAACGGCCCAAUCAUCUCAACCUUCAAUUUCCAUGUCAAGUGGUAGUAGAGGAAGAACAGAUUUGGCAUGGGGUCAUUGUAGAGAAGCUCCUGAACUUAGUGUUGGAUGUAAAAAAACUAAAUUAGUAUGUUUAUAUUGUGCUAAAGUAUUUGCGGGUGGUGGCAUUAAUCGAUUUAAGCAACACUUAGCUGGAGCUAAAGGAGAAGUUGAACAAUGUCGCAAAUGUCCUCCUGAUGUUCGACAUCAAAUGCUUUUGAACCUUAAAGGAAAUGUUGAAACAAAAAAAAGAGUUAGAGAAAUGCAAGCAGAUUUCAAUCCAUUUAAUGCACAACAAAGAGAGCAUGAAGAGAUGAUGAUUAGGCAAUUAGAAGAUGAUGGUGAUGAUGAUGAGGAGGAGGAGGAUGAUGAGGAUGUCAAUACUAAAAAACAUAUGUUACCACCGAAGGUUGCAAAAAAGAAAAAGAUUCAAAGCACCAGCACUGUAAAACAAUCAACUACAAGUUAUGGAAAGCAGAAGAAAUCUGCAACAUUAGGGACAUAUUUCAUGCCGAGAACAACUCCUGGUGCUCAAAAGUCUCUUCAGAAUUGUUGGCAAAGGAAAGAAGCAGUUGAACGGUGUGAUCUUGCUUUAGCAAAGUGGAUGUUUGAUGCAUGUGUGCCAUUUAAUGCUGUUAACUCUGUGUAUUAUCAGCAUGCCAUAGAUGCUGUAACAGCCAUGGGUCCUGGUUAUAAAGGACCAAACUUGCAUGCUAUCCGUGGUUAUUACUUGGCAAAAGCGGUUGAUGAAGUGAAGAUUUAUGUUGAGAGUUAUCGAGAGAUUUGGAAGAAGACUGGUUGCACAUUAAUGGCUGAUGGAUGGACUGAUCAGAAGAGGAGGACUUUAAUUAACUUCUUAGUAUAUUGUCCUAAAGGAACAGUUUUUUUGAAAACUGUGGAUGUAUCAGAUGUCUCAAAGACUGCUAGAUUGUUGUAUCAGUUGUUUAGAGAGGUUGUUUUAUAUGUUGGGGUAGAAAACAUUGUGCAUAUGGUGACUGAUAAUGCUGCAAAUUAUGUUGCUGCUGGCAGGUUAUUGAUGGAAGAAUUUCCUUCAAUAUUGUGGUCUCCUUGUGCUGCUCAUUGCAUCAACCUCAUACUCCAGGACAUUGGUAAAUUGCAGUCAGUUUGUUGUGUUGUUGAGCAUGCUUCUGGUAUCACAAAGUACAUUUAUAAUCAUUGUUAUCCAUUGUAUUUGAUGAGGAAGUUCACUGGAGGAAAAGAAAUACUUCGUCCAGCUCCUACUCGUUUUGCCACCAAUUUCAUUGCAUUGCAAAGCAUUUUAGCUCAUAAAGAUGAGUUGAGAGCUAUGGUGACAUCUAGGGAAUGGGUCUCAUCUGCUUAUGCUAAAGAUAUCAAAGGAAAAAAGUUUGUUGACAGUGUGCUAGACUCUUUGUUUUGGGAAGAAUGUGUAAUAAUUGUGCGAAUGAGUGAACCUUUAGUUCGAGUUCUACGAUUGGUUGAUGGUGAUGAUAGACCUUCGAUGGGAUAUUUGUAUGAUGCUAUUCAUCAUGCAAAAGAAGAAAUGAUGAGGAGAUUUCAAAAGAGAAAGCCUAGAGUGAAACCUUUCAUAGACAUUAUCAAUAAUCGGUGGGAUAGAUAAUUUUAUAGAAAUCUUUUUGCAGCGGCAUUUUGGUUGAAUCCUCGAUUUCAAUAUGAUGCAAAUAUAAUGGAUAAACAUAUGGGCACCAUUUCUGGACUUCUAGAUGUUCUUGAGAAGUAUGCACAUGGAAAUCUACCAUUGCAAAGUAAGAUUACAAGUGAGAUGAAGUUUUUUAGGAAUGCUGAACAUGACUUUGGCCGAGCGUCUGCAAUAAAUAAUCGCACCCUUAUGCCUCCAGAUGAAUGGUGGAUGACAUAUGGAACCAGCGCUCCAAAUCUACAACAAUUGGCUAUACGAGUGUUAAGUCAAACUUGUAGUUCUUCGGGAUGUGAGAGAAAUUGGAGUAUGUUUGAACAUAUUCAUUCCAAGAAGAGAAAUAGAUUGGAGCACCAAAGGCUUAAUGACCUUGUUUACGUCCACUGCAAUCUAAGAUUGAAGCAAAAGAAUUAUUGGAAAGGAAGAAAUUAUGAUCCAAUUAAUGUUGAGACAAUUUUUGACAUUGAAAAUUGGGUAGUCGAAGAUGACCCAUCAAUCUUGACAACGGAAGAAGUAGAGAGUUUUCACCAAGCUCUAUCAACUAUGACCAUACAAGAUACUUUAG